CACCAAAUUUGAAAUUUCCAAAUAUAAAAGGAAAAAAAAAAGGUGAGAAGGAGAAGACGGUUCUCCAGCUUCCCCUUCCUGCAAUCUACCAAGCGAAUACCUCACCAGCCAUGAAGCGAUCAAUCAACCAAGUCAUAGGGUCCACGUCAGCGACUUCCGCCGACGCUAAUAAGCCCGUCUUCCUCUCCAAAGCUCAGCGCGAAGAUUUAGCCCUAAACCGCCCCCACGAUCCAAUCCCCGAUCACCGUCUCCUCCGCGAGCAACUAGAUCGCUCCACUCCCGACAGGGAAAGACGCAGAGGGCGAGAUCGCGAUGGCGAUAGAGGUCGUAAGCGUAGCCGCCGUGAACGAGACCGAGAGCGAGAAGAAGAAGAAGCCAAAUCUCGCGAGAAGGCGCGUGUUGAGAAGCUACUCGAUCGUGAGAAGGAGCUCGACGCCAUCAAAGAGCAGUACCUCGGAGUCAAGAAGCCGAAGAAGAGAGUCACAAAACCAAGCGAGAAGCUCCGAUUCUCCUUCGACUGGGAAAACACCGAAGACACUUCAAGAGACGUGAACGCUCUCUACCAAAACCCUCACGAGGCCCAGCUUCUCUUCGGCAGAGGCUUCCUCGCCGGCACGGACCGCCGCCAGCAGAAGAAGCACUAUACGAGCGUCGAUAGGCAUUGGAGCGAGAAGAGAUUAGAUGAGAUGAGUGAAAGAGACUGGCGCAUCUUUAAAGAAGACUUCAACAUCUCUUACAAAGGCUCCAAGAUUCCUCCUCCCAUGAGGAGCUGGGAAGAGAGCAAGCUAAGCUCCGAGCUUUUAAAAGCUGUGGAGAGAGCUGGUUACAAUGCCCCUAGGCCUAUUCAAAUGGCAGCUAUACCACUUGGACUUCAACAGCGCGAUGUUAUCGGUGUUGCAGAGACUGGUUCUGGAAAAACUCAUGCUUUCGUGUUGCCCAUGUUAGCUUACAUAGCUAGAUUGCCUCCUAUGAGCGAAGAGAAUAUAAGGGAAGGUCCUUAUGCAGUUGUUUUGGCACCUACUCAUGAGCUUGCUCAGCAGAUUGAGAAGGAAACUGUUAAGUUUGCGCGUUGUCUAGGGCUUAGGGUGGUUUUAACAGUGGGUGGUCAGUCUAUUGAGGAACAGGGGUUGAAGUUAGCGCAAGGGUGUGAGAUUGUGAUUGCUACUCCUGGUCGUUUGAUUGAUUGCCUUGAGAGACGGCUUGUUGUGUUGAACCAGUGCAACUACGUGGUUCUUGAUGAGGCUGAUCGGAUGAUAGACAUGGGUUUCGAGCCUCAGGUUGCAUGUGUGUUGGAUGCAAUGCCUUCGAGUAACUUGAAACCGGAGAAGGAAGAAGAAGAGCUUGACGAGAAGAAGAUUUACAGAACCACUUAUAUGUUCAGUGCUACAAUGGCUUCUGGUGUAGAGAGGCUAGCUAGAAAGUACUUGAGGAACCCUGUUGUUGUUGUCACCAUUGGUACUGCAGGAAAGGCCACGGAUUUGAUAUCGCAGCACGUGAUUAUGAUGAAAGAGUCUGAGAAGUUCUUCAGAUUACAGAAGCUGCUCGAUGAGCUUGGAGAUAAAACUGCCUUUGUGUUUGUCAACACAAGGAUAAAAUGCCACUCUAUUGCUAAGAGUCUGGACAAGGCAGGGUACCGUGUCACUACCUCGCACGGUGGGAAGUCGCAAGAGCAGAGAGAAAUCAGCUUAGAAGGAUUCAGAGCAAAGAGAUACAACGUUCUCGUCGCAACGGAUGUUGUAGGGCGUGGAAUCGAUAUUCAAGAUGUGGCUCAUGUCAUAAACUAUGACAUGCCUAAACCUAUAGAGAUGUAUACACAUCGUAUCGGGCGUACAGGACGUGCUGGAAAAAGUGGUGUUGCCACUACGUUCUUGACUCUUAAUGAUACUGAUGUUUUUUAUGAUUUGAAGCAGAUUCUUGUUCAGAGCAACAGUGCUGUGCCUCCAGAGCUGGCUAGACAUGAAGCGUCCAGAUUCAAACCAGGAUAAAAUCAAUGAUUCUGUUUAUAACUUGCAUAAGAAACCAAAUGAUGCUAUAAAGGAAAAUAUGUUCACAACUUUGCCAUCAAGAAAACCACAAGAACGACGGGAAAACAAAAACAAAAACAAAAACA